AUGAACACAGGUACAUGGUGGUGGAACAUGCAGAAGAAGCUUGACGAGCAGCGGCCAGGAGCAACCAUCAUACCUGUUAUCAUUUCAAUUGACAAAACUCAGGUGACACUAUUCUGUGACAAAACUGCAUACCCUGUCUACCUGACCAUCAGAAACAUCCCUAAGGAGAUUCAACGCAAACCAUCCCAACGUGCUCAUGUCCUCCUCGCAUACCUUCCCACCUCCCAUCUGGAACAUAUCGACAACAGAGCCUCAUGUCAUCGAAGUGCAGCAAAUCUCUAUCAUGCGUGCAUGGCACGUGUUUUGUCACCACUCAAAAAUGCUGGUCUUGAUGGCCUAGCUAUGCGCAGUGGUGAUGGUAUCUCAUGCCACUGUCAUCCUCUAUUUGCCUGUUUCAUUGGCAAUUACCCCGAACAAGUGCUUGCUGCUGCAGUCAAAACUACAGAGUGCCCUACAUGUGAUAUCCCAGCCAAUGAACUGGAGAGUAGCACAACUCCCUUUGAGAUACAUGAUCUCAACACCGUUCUUGAUGCACUCGCUAUGAUUGAUAUCGGGGGCCUCAAUUUCAUACAGGCGUGUCGUGAUGCUGGCAUCAAGCCCAUUGUUCACCCAUUUUGGAAAAGACUACAGUGUCUGUCACCAAGGGAUGGCAACUCUCCCUAG